CAUAAUUACAACACACAAACAAAAUGUCAGCCCCCAAGAUGUAUCUUCGAAGAUGAUGGUAUUCGUACAAAAGUUUAAAAUUUACUUUAAAUGUUGACAUAUUUUUCGUUUCAUGGAACUAGCGAAACAUAAAUAAGGUGUGAGGAAUAGAAUAAAAAGGGUAAACAUGGAUGAUGACAGACGAGCAAGCGGGGUUUUGCUCCUUAAAAACUUAAAAUUGGCAUCGCACUCCGUUCUUGAGUCAAUGCAGGGGAGAUCCAAAUGCCCAAAGUGCAAGGCAUCGAGAAAAUAUUAUUGCUAUACAUGUUAUAUUCCUUUAGAUGAAAUUAAGGAUAAGGUACCACAAGUCAAGCUACCAUUAAAAAUUGAUAUUAUAAAGCAUCCUAAAGAAAUAGAUGGAAAGAGCACUGCAGUGCAUGCUGGGUUAAUCUCGCCAGAUGAUGUCACCAUCUACAACUUUCCUUGUGUCCCGGACUUUGAUCCAUCUGAGAAGGUAGUCCUCGUUUUUCCAUCCAAAGAGGCUGUAAACCUUGAUGAUCUCUUCAAAGACCCAAAGUAUGAAAUGCAACGAGAUGACAAGGCAGUGCCAUUCACUCGCGUUGUUUUCAUUGAUAGUACAUGGAACCAAAGUAACCAAAUAUUUAAAGAUGAAAGGCUGAAAGGUUUACCUUGUGUGAUGCUCAACAGCAGAGAGACGUGUUUCUGGCGGACACAAAAGGACAAACCCAUCACUUACCUGGCAACCAUUGAGGCCAUAUAUUAUUUCCUUGUUGAUUACCACAAUCUAACGGAAGAAGCCACUUAUGAUGGCCGCUACGAUAAUCUUUUGUACUUCUACAGUUUUAUGUACAAAGUUGUUGAAAAAAGCAAUAUGGAGAAAAAGCAAGAAGGGAUGGAAAAUAUAAGGAAACGAAAGAGGCAGGACUGGGAGGAUAAAGUAAAAAAUAAGAAAGCGGUUACUGGUGAAGUGGAUGAUGAUAAGGAAAGUGAAUGCAAGGAAAGUAAUAAUAGCAACAAAACCGCAUUUACAUCCUGAAAUGCUUGUAUGAAGUGGUAGACAUCAUGAGUCGAUGUAACAAUUUAUACCAUAUUCCGACUAGCAUCGCAUUGUGAUCAGUUGUAGCAAUUGUGACACCCAAUCGCAAACAAUUGCAAUUCACAAUUGUGUGUGGAAGGGCAGCUAACCAAUAGCAGUUGAUAGGUAAUCGAUAUCGCAAUUGUUACCCUUUGCAAUAGACCGAAUUAGCGAUCGAAGCUGUUCAGCUAUAGUGGGUAUUCGAACCAAAACAAACGCACGAAGAUAGGCGAUUUACACAGUAAUUUGAGAAAAUAGCCUUUACUAAAACGUCUCAUACACGCUUUGUGUGUAAAGUUGAGUGCGAUUUAAAUUAACAGAAACCAUUGUUACAUGUUUAUGAAUGUAACGUCAUCUUUUCUCUACGAUUAUAGAAUAGGACUUUUAGGCUUUGUUUACAAUUUUAUACACACUCGGCCAAAUUGUGAUGACGUCAUCUUUCGUCGCUAAUUCGGUCUAUUGGGUGCUACAAUCUUUAUUACUCCCGAUUACCAUGGAAUCCGAUGGCAACCGAUCACAACGAAUUCCAUAGGCACCUAUUGGCUGAGGUCAGUCAACAUAUGCCUACCCAUGGGAUACCUAGUACCAUUUGACCUCCCCUUCCAAUGUAAAGUUUUUUUGUGUCUGUUGAUCUGAAUGCUCUCGUAGGCUGUGAUCGGGAGUAAUCAGUUACGGAUUACCACAGAAUACAUUGCAACCGGUCGGAUCUGAGUGUAGUCUGAAUAGGAUAUAAGUCUCAUUUCUUCAAGGGGCUUACCAGAACAGUAGUCAUUGCAAUUAAUAGACAUGACAUAUUUUACAAAAUAGCUACCAUUUUUUUUCUAUUGUUCAUUAAUAUGAAUAAAGCGGAUCACCAUAUUACUGUACUUAUGUAUAUACCAUUUUAUAUGAUACAAAAUGUUACACAGACUUUUGAGCAAUACCAAAGUUACUGACAUUUUUACCCAAAUCAAUUUGAACAUUGCUAAGUCCAUACAGUUCAUAGGCAGGCAGUAAAUAUUAUGCCAACCACAAACAAAUAUAAGAUCUUUGUUAGCAAGAAAGUCUACUUUUUAGAGCACAUAAUAUCAGAGUAAUUAUUCAUAUUCAUGAAACGAUUUUAAUACUUUAUAAAAUAUGGAUUAUGAUUGUGCUUAGAUAUACAGGUCUCCCUCCAAUUAAAGACCACUUUUGGGCCCGGGGUUUCCAUGGUCUUUAGCAGCUUUGGUCUCUAAUUAGAAUAAUAAAAUAAAAGACAUCUUGUUAAUAUGGGACCACAGAAAUUCAUUCAUUCAUUCUAUAUUUAGCCAAUGAAAUAGCAUACAAUACAAUGAAAGGAAAUUUAACAAAAACUAAGACAAUAUAUAACCUAAGUUGGCUAGGAUUAACUAUAGUGUAAAAAAACACUCUGGCUCUCAGGCCUGUUAGUCCGAUCUUAGGAUUUUUUAAUAUAGAUAUAUACAGACAAUGAUUAAAUUAAACAAUAAUGUAAGUAAAAUCAAUUGAAAAGCAAAGCAUAUAACAUAAAGUAAUAUAAAUAAAGUGAUAUGAAAGGUGACAUGAAAAUAAACAAAUACAAAUUAAAGUUAAUCAAAACUUCAUUUUAAAAAGGCAAGGCAGUUUAGAGGGAUAUAUAUUAUUCAAUGCUAAAUAAUUACCAUUACAGAACAAUUUGAAAAUUAGAGAAUGAGAAACAAAAAAAAAAAAAAAAAAAAAAAAA